AUGGGUGGUGGUGGUCUUUUGCGGGACAACAACUGCACUUGGAUCGUUGGCUUCAUGAGCUUCGAUGUUGGUGGUGAUCCUUUCUUGGCUGAGGCUACAACCUUGCGAGAUAGGCUCCUCCUCACGUGGAGACAUGGUCAUCGUAAUGUUCUGUGUAAUGUUCUGUCUGAGGUGGAUUGUGCAGCUCUUGUUGAGGUGCAAAAUGCGGACAGAAGGAGGCACCACGAACAUGCUCCAAAUCUGGAGGCGAGGUUUAGAAAUUGUUUAACAGGAGGACUAGCUUGGCAUGGACUUAUCCAGAGGGUAAAUCAACGGCAGAAUGGAUUGCGAGACUAG